UGUCACACAGUGUGUAGAAGUGUAUAAACGUUAGCAAAGUCUCUGUGUCUCGAUUUCGGUCAAACAAAAUGCCCCGUCGAGUACUGGAAACCUACGGAUUUGAACCAGCCAAGCAGCCAUGUCUUCGCAAGUCAAAAUUGGAACCCAAAGGUAAAUGCGGCGCUGCCAUCAAGAAACAGCCGAAGGAGCAACCUGUUGAGCAGAAGAACCCGCUGCACUUCCUCCACCAGAAUACCGAUGGGGAACUCGUCGUGCAUUGGACUCGUAUUAGUGGAAGUACUCAGUCUCCCAUCAAGUUGUUGCCUCCUUGGUAGUUGUGUGUAUCGCGCAUAAGUAUUCUGUUUACCAUGCUCUUUCGCAAUCAUGGUCGUAUUAAUAUUUGCAAGUCCAAAAUUAAAAACAAAAGCAUAGAUUUUUAAUUUUCACCUACGUGGUCAGUAAUACACAACCAUUUUGAUAUUUAGCUGAUCAGCAGUCUUAGGUUAGCUAAGCUGUGGCUUGCUCUAUUUUUAGCAAAAAUAAAUAUGUUUGUUACCUUUCGGGAA